AUUCACUUAGCGAAUCCCGAUGCACAGAUAGCAUAGAAGGCGUAGAGGCGAAAAAAUGUCUUCCCCGCAGCGCCUCUGGGACGCAUCGUCUGCGAUUCGACUUGUAGAGCUGUAGCAUUCUCUAGUAUCUUGCUAAGGAACAAGUACUUAACAAGUUAGUAAUAAGUAGUAAGUAACUGCAGCAUUAAGUAGAUUCAAGUAAAAACGAACUUUAGUGGUCGACGUGCAAGAGCAAGUACCUAUCUGCCAGAUUUUUAAGGCUAGUCUGACUCUACCACGUAAGUGUUAGAAAUAGUACAAUGAAUAAUCCUCGGCUCGUAUAGGUGCCAUUCCGUAAAGUUUUCACAGGGGAGGCAUCCAACACCUAACCUACAACUAGCUAUCUUAUCCAAUUAAUUCUCCUUCGAGUUUUUUCAAGUAUAACCUACGACAUCUUCCUCUGGUCUUUCUUUUUUCUAGUUAGGUCGGCUCCGCCACAAGUAUAACUUACGACAAGAUUAUAACAGCUCACCUACAGCUUCACCCAUCAUUAUAACAGCUCACCUAUAGCUUCACCCAUCAUUAUAAUAUAACAGCUCACCUAUAGCUUCACCCUGUUCUACCUAUAGCUUCACCCUGUCCUAUCCUUUCGGUCAUGGAAAACAGCAUUGUGUAGUUUCAGUAAAUUUAGAUUAAAGGACUACUGAAGACAUCACCAGCACGGAAUGUUGUUUCCUUGUUGUGGUUCCGAAUACAGGGGUCGCGACCCCAAUCGGGUGCGGAUUUCUGCACCCCUAUUGGAGAAAAUCGAUGCUGUGUUCGGGACUAUGGACACUGACGAAAGCGGAGAAGUAGACUUCGAUGAGGCAUUGCAGAUGUUCGGACGGUUCACGGGAGUAGCGGCUAAGAAGCUGUUAGAGGACAUGGACAUGAAUAAUGUUAGGGAAUGGUCCUCACGGUGUGGUCAUACGAAAAUCACGGAUAAAUGUGUCUCAUAUGUUGGUGUGGUCAUACAUUUUAAAUCACGGAUACUAUAGCUCUCACAUUUUAAAUCACUGAUAAAACUGUGUGGUCAUACAUUUUAAAUCACGGAUACUAUAGCUCUCACAUUUAAUUUCAAUGGAUCUCAUAUGCAUGCUUCGGUGUUGACAGUCAGAACCAGAAAAUUGGUGGCGUAGCUUGCCUAUACGCUCACUCCUUCACAAGUGAGCCUACUCCUAUCCUAUCCUAAUGGAUAUUAUGUCUCUGGUCUUGUACUAAGUAGAUUGAGACAAAGCUCAGACUUUAUUUCGUCCAUGUUGACCUAGAAGAAACUCCGAAAGAGCAUACAUAUAAGUAAUUCUACCUGCUCCUGUAGAAGAAUUUCAUUUCUAAUUGCUACCGGAUGAUAUCGCGAGAAGAGUGGCGCUUCUAUUUCCGUCGAGUGCUGGCAGGAACGGGAUAUACAGAGCAAGAUGUCGAUGAGGAGUUAGACCUUUUUCUUAUGGCGAAGUCGGAAAAGAAGACUCUAACGUCUCGACGUAAUCGUUUUACAACAAACAAAGAAGUCGUCUCAGAUACAUAGAUCUAAGAUGUUUUCUUAUGACGACAUACUUAUAAAUGAUCUGUAGAUGUUGACUUAUACUAGAAUUAGAAGAAAAUCCUAGAUCUUCUGUAGUGUCAUACAUAAGAUGUCGCUAGUACGAUGUAGUCACAAGGUGUGACUGACUCGAUGUCGACGAGGAGUUAGAAACUACUGACUAGAUCAAGAUGCCUUUGUAAUCGAUCGUUCUUCAAGUAGAACCCUUGUUUCAGAUAUUACCUCACUGAUAGAUUCUAAGAAAGAAAUGGGAGAAGGCAUGCGAUUCCAGUUACCGACAGCACAGGUCGCACAGCAGUCGAAUUUAUUGCUUCAAAGUGGCCAGUCUAGUGGUGGCCCUGCAGCGGCAUUGUCGAUCAUCACGAGAUCUACGUCGUCGAAGAGUAGUCAUUCUGCAUCAAAGGUCGGACCAGAUCAUAUGGUUUCUUUGACAGGACCUGGAGGAGAGGCCAAUGUAAUCGUGUCCGGAAUAAAAGUCGCAUCUACAGUUGUAACAACUGCGAGCGCAAAACAAGGCGAGAAAGAAGCAUCUUCCACUAGUGGUCGGCCUUCCUCUCCCAGCGAGCGGCGUUCAGAAAAAGCCAAUACUGCGAUAUCUUUGUCCGGUACAGCAAAUUCUUCGGCUUUAUCGUCGUCUCGACACAACUCGAAGAAAAGCACGGCAAGCGGAACUAUUAUGGCCUAAGAAAGUAGUUGUCAGAUUCAGUGCAUGAAAAUGGCAAAUAGUUGUCGAUGAAUCAUGAUGCUGUGCUUUACGUUCAUUCAGCAAUAUCGAUCGCUCUAACCAUCGCAAGCCGAAUACUCUUGGCGUCUCGCGCAACAGUGGAGACAUGAAGACAUUCAACUGAAGAGGGGAGUACUAUUCCACGUGAUUCUACUCGGGUCACAAUGGAACCAGGCAGUUACUUGUAAUUGCUACGUGGUUCGAAUGAAUGAGUGAAUGAAUGAAUGAUGCGCUGACUUUGCGAGACGAGAGAAGCAAGAAGUAAUGAGUGCUUCCGGUUUUUUGAAUAAUCGUAACGGCGUUGGAUCGAGUGAUGUCAUCGUUUGUUGAGUCGAGGUUGUAUGUUGCAAAAAAGAGUUCCUUCUUAUGCCUCUGAAACACCUCUGACUGAAGAGUCUUGGACCAAUGCCGUCGUGUAACGCUCAUAGUCAUGAAACAAGUCAACAAAUUUUCCGAACCUAUGCAAACUCAGUAUGCAGCGACAUC